AAGCGCACCAAAACCUAUAUUUUAGUUUUUGUCAUUGUAUAGUACAUUUAACUUCUAUUUCUAAUUCUUAUUCCUAAUAUUUUCUCUAUUGUGCUCAGGCCCUAACUCACGUCUCGCAAUCGAUUAUCGCAGCUAAUUGCGACUUCACGUAUGUACGUAUAUGUAAAAUCAUUAAUUAUUAGAAGAAAAUUAAAUUUUACGCAUAGGAAUGUGUAAGGAAUGUGACACGGGAAUUAACGAAAAUGUCCAGUAUGCUCGUUAUCUUUCAUCGUCGAGUUUAUCAAAUAUUUAGGUUAGUAAGUUUUUCGCGUAGAGACGCAAACGUAACGAUAAUACCAUUUUAUCGGCGACUCUUAGGACUCACGUCUAAUUAUCCGGCAGCGAUAUCGAGUUUGUGCUUCUCAAGUUUGUCCAGUCAAGAUACAAAUAUCAUGACGAGUAAAAUGGCAAACGCAUCGACGCUCGAUGUCGAUUAUCAGCAGCUUCUGGAGGCGCAAAAAGAUGAUAAGAUUCUAAUUGUCGAUGUUAGGGAACAGGACGAGAUAAAUGAGACCGGCAAAUUGCCCAUGAGCAUUCAUAUACCAAUGGGUGAUGUCAAGAACACAAUGUUGAAUAUUUCAGAUGAAGAUUUUGAAAAAUUAUAUGGCAAACCCAAACCUACUAAAAAUACAAAAAUUAUAUUCAGCUGCCGAUCUGGCAAAAGAAGUAAAAUGGUACAAGAAGAGAUGCAAAAGUUGGGUUAUGUAAGAUCUUAUAAUUAUAGUGGAGGAUGGCUAGACUGGGAAAGCAAACAGAAAAACAACUGAUUAGAGAACGGAGUUAUUAUCCGCAUUUAGGGCUGCGUUCCAAAAUUCUACUCUGAGUAGCUGAGUUGACUCUACGCCGUUCCAAAACGCGAAAUAAGUAACUAUAUAGGCGGAGCCUAUUCGUUCUAAAAGUGAGGGUUGAGUAUACCCGGAGUCAACUCUAUAAACCCUGCUUUCAAGUUGGGUUGGAAGAGUAAACUCUAAGAAAAGCGCGCUAUUUAUAUUUUUAAUAGUAAAUAGUAAUUUGGUUACUCGCACUACGUUAGUGAAUGAAUUUCGUCAUUUGCACGCGAUUUAUCAAAUAAUGGCUGUAACUCUACUUCUUGAAAAUGUUAAAAUUCCGUUUUGUGAGAAUCUGAACGUAAUAGAGAAAAUAUUAGGCAUAAGAAUGAAAAACAGAGGUUAAAUGUAAUGUACAACGCAAAAAAAUAUAACAAAUGUAUAUAAAUAUAGGCUGUAUAUCAUGCAGCCAUGACAUAUUUUCUAUA